AUGGAAAUUGAUUUUCCACGUGAGGAUUUAUCCGUAAGUAAAAAACGUCGGAAAAUACAUUCAGUUAAUGAUGAAACAACGGAUGUGAAGCACCUACCGAUUAAAAAUGAGCAAAAGUCGGAAUAUGUUGGUGUAUGGAAUCAGCGUAUAACUCCGAAUUUUCUCACUGAAGGAAUGCUUGGAUUGGGUGUUGUUAUGAAAAUUAGAGAGGCAGAAAUACUGUUGGAAUGCUCGGAUGGUGUAGUUGUUAAAGUACCUGUUCAAAAUUUCGGCAGCUUGAUGCUGGAAACACUUAGAAAUUCAUCUAUUACGCUAGAAGAUGUCUUUAGAGUUGGUCAAAUGCUAGCAUUCAAAGUCAUCAAAGGCAGAGAAACUCAUGAUACUCAAAAGAAAAGGAAAAAAGCUUCAUAUCCUAUUGUUAGCUGUGACCCACUAAUUGUAAAUUUCCAUCUCAAUCCUGGCGCUCUAAUUGAUGGUCUUGUGCUUAAUGGCGUUGUGGGAAGUGUAGAAGAUAAAGGUGUUAUUAUUGAUCUUGGAUUGCAAUCAGUUGAAUUAAAAGGAUUUCUAGCAGAAAGACACUUACCAUCUACUUUUCCAAAGGAAAGCUUAAUAAAAGGACAACCACUUUUACUGCGAAUACAGAAUGAAAGUUCAUCAAAUAAAAAGGCACGAGUUAUCAGUUUGUCUGCUGUUCCUGAAAUGGAAUGCUUGGAUGAUGCCGUUGUUAAGAAACUUAAACUUAACGAUUUAAUGCCAGGAACUUUACUUUUAGUGAAUCCUUUGCAGCCAACUCAUAGUGGUGUUUAUGUCAAUAUUGGGAAUGAUAUAAAAGGAUAUGUAAGCAGACAACAUUUACCACCUAGGUAUCGCAACGAUCCAUACAAAUGUUUGAAGUCUUUUAAAACAAUAGUGAUGUUUUGUCAACAGAAUAGCAAUUUAUUAACACUGAAUGGACAUCCAGAUAUAAUUGCUGUUAGUAAGUUGGUAAAACGAACUAAUUUUGAGAAUAUCCACAUUGGUGAUAUUAUUGAGUGCAGGGUAAGCAGUGUCGAUAAGAAUGGGAAUGUCAAUUUUGAUUUAGUGCAUGAAGAUGAAAGAAACUCAUUAGUGGCAGCAUUUGCGAGAAAAACUAAGCUAAAAGAUUCUGUUGAAUACAAGAAGGGAACAGUACAUCAAGCACGCGUAUUAUCAUUCAAAAUGGUUGAAAGAAUAUUAAUAGUUGCAACACAGAAAAAUAUUUUAGCACAGAAAAUGGUCUCCAUAAAAGACGCUGUUCCAGGUGUAAAAGUUACUGCAAAGAUAGAAUCUGUGCUAGAUAAAGGAUUGUUCGUCAAAAUAUACAAUUCAAUCCCGGGAUUUAUACCCAAAAUUCACCUUUCUGACAAGUUGAUAACGCGAAUUGAAAAACAUUUCGUCGUCGGUGAUGAGCUCAACUGUCGUGUUUUGAAUGUGAAUAAGCUGAAAGAGAGACUUAUUCUGACAAAUAAACAAUCCCUUAUAUCAAGCAAAGAUACAAUUAUCAAAAAUUACGCUGAAGUUACAACUAAUGUAAUAACUACUGGUUAUAUUAUCUCGCAGCACUCAAGUGGUGGACUUGUUAUUGGUUUUUAUGGUGGAACAUGCGGUUUUAUGUUUCCGAAAGAGGCGGAACGAUUAGGAACCAAUGUGAAAGUUGGUCUCACAGUCCGUGUUCGAGUGGUCAGUGUUGAUCCGCAGCGUAAGCGUUUGUUGGUUGCCUUAGCUAAUACGACUAACGGUGGAACCGGGAUAGCAAGGGCUCAGCCAUUUCUAAUGGAUAGAGAGAAUCCCCUUUCUUUUUCGGCAGUUGUUGUGAAUGUUUCAUCGAAUGGUGAUAACUUAACACGGAAUGAGGUUUUGAAUGUUUCUGUCCGACUAGGAAAAAAAUUGGGUGGAAAAGUGAAAGCAUUCAUUCCUAAAGAAUUACUGAGUGAUUACCUUGAUUUACCUUUUCAUUCAUUAAAUGAAAGCAUUGCACCUGGAAGUGUGCUGCCAAAAGUUACGGUGUUGGGUGAUAUUGCCGGAAAUCUUAAGGUGACGAGUAAGCGUUUCAUAAUUGAUUGGUUAGAAAAGCAUGCACGCAUUACUGGUAUUCAAGAUCUUACGAAAGGAGAUCUCGUUUGUGGUAAUAUCAUUCAAAAACAUAAAGAAAUGGGAUAUUUUGUUGAAUUGGCAGGUGGCUCAGCUCUUACAGGCCCAGCACGGUUUAUACGUCCGAUGAUGCUGCCAGUGUCAAUGCAAGAGCUUCAAAUAGGACAAACCGUUGUGGCACGAGUAUCAUCAGUUGAUUUGGAGAGGAAACGAUUUGCUUUAAUCUUAGAUACACAUCUCUGUGUACCACCAGGUGCAAAACCUGAUUAUUUUGCACCAUCUAUGAUACAUUAUACUGUGGAAGAAUUGAAUUGGUUUAUAGCAAAUAAUGCAAGCAAUUCGCAAGUACCAAAAAUCGGAGAAUGUAUCCAUGUAAAGGUUAUAGAGGUCUCAGAACGUAAUGUUGUUGUACAGCAUGGUGAUAACACAAAUCUGAAAGGAUGCACAAUAAAUAGCACUAAUAUUCUGCAGAAAGGAAGCUAUGCUAAGGCAUUGGUUUUGGAUAUCAAAUUGCCAACCUGCGAAUUAGUUCUAUUUCUUCUUGAUGAUGGUGUUCAGCAUUUGGAUGAGAAAAAACUCCAGUCACUGUUGUGCAGUAAAAAUGAAUUAGAUGCGAAGGUAUGGUUAUACAAAAAAGAAUAUGCAGUUGCGACAGUAGAAACUGAAAAAUCGGCUUUUGUGGUUUAUAUUCCGACGAGAAUACAUCCAAAUAUAAAUGUGAAUACUAUUUCUGCAAAUUUAGAUGAAAGUAAUAAUCAAUACACAAUUACACCUAAAUUGGUUGCUGGAAAUAUUAUGAUUGGAAUUGCAAUGGAAAUGCUAAGGAAAUACGGAUUAAUUCGUAAAAAAGUUAAGGUACCAGUGAAGCCAGCAGUGAAAAAAAAAUUAAAACAAUUUAAGAUUUAUGCAGCAAAAGUUGUGGGAAUGUGGACCAAAGAUGAUUUAUACAGUGCUGUCGAAUUAGAGUUUCCCGAUGGCAGUAUCGGACGUUUGCAUGCAUCGGAAUUUGAUCAAAGUUUCUUGAAUCAAACUUCUCAACCGGUUCAGAGUUUUUUGAGAAAAAAGAAAGGUAAAACAGUUAACGUUAAAAUUAUGUGUUUCACGAAGUUGAAGCAAAAAAUGGAAAAGUUGGAUCUUUCUAAACCAAAAGGAAAAGGUGUACAAAAGAGCGAAAAAAUGGUUGUUGUGACACGUUUGGCAGAAUGUACGAUGAAAACUUGGAAAUUAAAUGAAACAAAGAGGAAGCAAUCAUUGCUAGGAUAUCCACAGAGUUAUGUUCAUGGAUCGUUAAUUCCUGUUUUUGUAUGUAAAGGACCUCAUGUUGGUGUAGUUAAAGUAGAAGUUAGUCCACUUUGGAAUGGUGUCAUUCGGAAACAAAAUUUGUACGAUGAAAAUUUGAUGACUAAUCCAGCAAAUGAUGCGUCAGCAUUAAUUGAUAUCGAUUUUGAACCUGGUGAGAAAUUGAUUGCACAAAUUAUUGGAGUGAACGUUUAUAAAAACAAACGUGGUAAGUCGAGGCAUCGAAAAUGUUUGGAAAUGACUUUGAAACAAACGCGAAAGGCAUUUGAAUCUGGUGAUCGUGUGACGGGAAGAGUUGUUGGUAUUACACAGUCACCAAGUAGUAUUAUAUUAGAACUUACCAAUAAUCAACGAGCUAUUCUUACUUUGACUGGUAUCAUGGGUAAUUAUUUGAAAGCACAUGAAGUUAUAAAGACUUAUGAGUUAAAUCAGAUUUAUAAUGUGGAACUUUUGAAUUUUGAUAGCGAUAAGGGUAGGUGGCUUGCAGUCACGGAAUCACGCUCAGAAAGUACGCUGUAUCGAAAUGGAACUGAUAUUGAGAUCGGUUCAGAACUUCAAGCAUUCGUAACUUCAACAUCUGAUGAUGCUCAUGUCUUUGUCGAAGUCAGUCCUGGCAUUUCUGGUUGCGUCGUAAAAAGCAAAAAAUUAUCUUUAAAACCUGAUGAUUUGAUUAAAGUUCGUGUCAAUCAUGUCUUUCCGGAUGGUGGUUUGAAAGUAGAUUUUGUCAAUUUGAUUGCGGAAAGUUCUACGGAUGAAAAACCGCGAAAGAGGCUCAGAAGUAUUGCAUCUGAUAACGCAAUCGAUUUGCCACGAAAGAAAUCGAGAGCAGCUGGUUAUGUGGCAGCUCAUUCCAAAGAGAAUGAACCUCCGCAAGUUAUUCUUGCUGAAGCAAAAUUACCGGAACCAGGUUUGGACUGGUCUCUAAAAGGUUUUACACCAGCUGAAUUUGCAAAGGUAGGACAACUUGGUGAAAAAGUGGAUGUCGCAGAUGAUACUUUAAUGGCGAGAAAUAAAUCUAUUCCUGAAAUGGCAAGAAAUGAAUCAUCCAUUCCUGAUAAUGUUGAAGAGCAAAGCAAACCAAAAACUAAAGAGGAGCUUGAAUUAGAAAAGGAAAAGAAAUUAAUGGCUCGUGAACGAAAAAUUCUUGAGGCGGAUUGGAUCCCGGAUAACACAAAUGAUUUCGAUCGUUUAGUUACUGGUUCACCUAAUUCGUCGAUCUUGUGGAUCCGAUACAUUACAUUCUUUCUGGAGCAAAAUGAUAUAGACAAAGCAAGGGCAGUUGCAGAGCGAGCACUUUCAGUUAUCAAUUUCCGAGAAGAAGAUGAAAUUUUCAAUGUUUGGACAGCAUAUCUCAAUUUAGAAGGAAAUUUUGGUACGAGUGAAUCAUUGAAGGCAGUUUUUGCUAAUGCUGUCAGAAACACUGAUCCUCUGAAAAUGUAUAAGCAAAUGGUAAAAAUAUAUCAAAAGCUCGAGAAAAUUGAGGAAAUUGAUGAUUUGCUAGAAGAGAUGUUGAAACGAUUUCGUCACGAUGAUUUGGAUGUUUGGUUCAUUUAUGGACAACAUUUGCUGGAAACAAAACGCCCAGAUAAAGCAAGGAAUCUGAUGAAAAAAGCGAUUAAUUGUUUACAACGAAAACAUCACGUGACAAUUUUGAGCCGUUUCGCACAACUUGAAUUCAAAUUCGGUGAUAUUGAACAAAGUAAAACAAUUUUUGAAAGUAUUUUAAAUUCAUAUCCGAAGAAAACAGAUGUUUGGACAGUUUACAUCGAUUUGCUCAUCAAAGCUGAGAAAAUUGAGGAUGCAAGGCAAUUAUUGGAACGAGUUACUGCACUAAAAUUAUCCACUCAUAAAAUUCGAUUAUUUUUCAAAAAAUGGGUUGACCUGGAACAAAAACAUGGUGAUGAGAAACAACAGAACAAUGUUAAAGAACGAGCAGUGCAAUAUUUACAAGAUGUUACAGAACUUGUAUCUGAAGCAUAA